CUGACCACCGGCCCUUUGACAGACACAAGCACUGUGCACAGAAACAUGGCUGUUCGUGUCUUUGAGGGUAAAGCUCAUGCAGCUGCUUACCUGCAGUACAGAAUAACACCUGAUGAAUUAAUCAGCAGGAUUAUGAGCUACAUGGAGAAAAAGACACCAAACCAGUUCAAUCUAGCAGUGGACGUGGGCUGCGGUUCGGGACAAGGGACGAUCCUAUUGGCUCCGUACUUCACCAAGGUUGUUGGAACAGACGUCAGCCCCGCCCAGCUACAGAUGGCUCUGACCAAUGGCUGCCCUCCAAAUGUAUCAUACAGGGAGAGUCCGGCAGAAGAGCUACCGUUUGCUCCUGGUGAGGUGGACCUUGUGACGGCCAUGGCGGCGGCUCACUGGUUCGACCGCAAGCGGUUCCUCCUGGAAGCUGACAGGGUUCUGAGGCCUGGAGGCUGCCUGGCUCUCCUGAGCUACACCAUGGACUUUGAGCUGGAGUAUGGGGGCGUCUCCAACACAGCACUAAAUCACAUCUGUGAAGAGUACUACACUGCUCUGCGUCCAUUCCGAAAUCCCCAUAUAGGAACGAGCUCUAUGAAGAUCUACUCAGACUUGUUUGACUCCUGCCCAUACCCCGACAAAGAGUGGAAUGAGUGUGUGAGGGUUAAAAGGAUCUUGCCACUGAGCGGAUACAUUGGCCUGUUGGAGACCUUCUCCACCUACCAGGCCCUGCUGCAAAAGGACCCCGCUGAGGCUGAACGUCUUUCUAAUAACAUCAGGAACAAGUUGAUGUCUGCCAUGAAGGUGUCUUCUCCUGAUACAGAAGUUACGGUGGUUGUGAAGUAUUUCCAUUGGCUGGCACACAAACCUCGAUCACACUGACUGGUUAAGUCCUCCAGAUCCCGACCCCCC